ACCGACAGCAGCGGCAACAGCAACAUCAACUGACGGCAGCAACACCAACAGCCAGCAGCAACAUUCGAGCAUUCAGUCGCAAUUCUGACGAUUGCGUGACGCGUUCGCAUCGCGGCGAUGAAAGAGACAGGACGUCUCGCGAGGAAAGAGAACGAAACAGUGGCGGACACGAAGUUUGAGUUUGAUGUGCAAAGUAUAAAUGAAAACACACAAAUACACGUAAUAAAGUGCGUGCCAACUCGAAGAAAUAAUUGAAAAAUAAAUUCGAACAAGUUACCAAAGAAGCAAAGAAGCAAAGAACACAAGCGGUCUGUCUGUGGGAAUAAUAUAAAUUAGCAUAAUUUAGCAAGGAUUCGCCGAGACAAGCAGACAUUCGUUUCGCACUUAAUUAGUGUCCAAGCGCGUUGACAAUGUGGCAGACACUAUCAACUUUUAGCACAUCACUCAGAGCUGCAGCAGCAGCAGUAGCGUCAGCACAACCAGCAGCAACUUGCAAGUGUAGCUGCAAGCUGGAAAACGCGGAAAACGCGGAAAUGCACAGUCACAUGUUGCCAUCAGCGGACAACGCGACAGCGGCAAUGCGUAGGUGUUGCUGUCGCACAAGAAUCACCCGCAGCAGCAGCAACAGCAGCAGCAGCAACAGAAGCAGCAGGAGCAACUACAGUUGCAACUACGGCGGAAACAUCCUGCAGUGGCUACUGCUACUGUGCCUCUUCUGUGAUUUUGGCCAGGCCGCGCUGCGUGACGUAAAUCUGCUGGUGGAGCCUCCGGCGGUGCGAAGGGGUCAGUCCGUGGCCCUGCGGUGCGAUUACCAAUUGGUGGAGGCGCCCCUGUAUUCCAUUAAGUUUUACCGCGGCCAGAUGGAAUUCUACCGCUACACACCGGGCGAGUACCCGCCCACCAAGGUCUUUCAGUUUCCGGGCAUCAGAGUGGACGAGAAUGGCUCGAAUGCCACCACGGUGCUCAUCCGCAACGUUAGCUUCGGCCUGUCCGGACAGUUCAGCUGCGAGGUGACGGCGGAUGCCCCACUCUAUUCCACGGCCACAGCCUUCGCCCAGAUGCAAGUUGUGGAAUUUCCGGAUAAGCGACCGCAGCUCUUUACGGAGCACACGCGAUACGAGCCCGGCGACGUUUUACGUGCCAACUGCAGUACAUUGCCAUCUCGUCCUCGAGCUGAUCUUCGAUUCACCAUCAACCAUAUUCCCGUCAGCUCGGAGGAAACGCAGUACAUUCGAACGGUUGACAGCCUGAUUGCAUCCCGGCUCAGUCUGAAGCUGCAGCUGCAGGCGACUCACUUUGCGGCUGGACUCAGUGCCCAUGGAAAUGGGAAUGGUAAUGGCAAUGGGAAUGGCAACGGCAACGGCAACGGCAACGGCAAUGGCCUGGCGAACUCACUGCACCUGGGUGGAGGCGGCGGAGGACUCAUCCUGCGGUGCACGGCGCAAAUUGACGAUCUCUAUCAGGAGUACACGGAAAUCGAGCUCGGCACACCGCAAAGGGAUCCGGUGCCGGCCAGAGUGACGCUGUCAUCGGGAACCGGACUUCGUGGCUUCUUGGAGACCUAUUUCCCCACAUCUUCGGGCCCCAGCAAUUGGCGGGGAUCGGCGGGGGUCGUGGCCAUCGUCCUGCCCACCGUGUUGGCCCAUCUAAUUACUGGUAGCUAAAUCGGUGGCCAGUCGCCUGGAAUGGGAAAUGGGAGCACAUGGACUCGGAAUGCGAACGUGUGUCGGCUUAUCGAGCAGCGAUGGAAAUUAGGGAGCCCUCGGCCGUAAACUGCAUUAUUUAUCUGUAUCGAAUGCAAUUUAAAUUUAUACACACGCAUGAGAUGUCCGUGUGAUUCCCGGCUGAACCCACACAUGCACACACAAGCCCUACGUAACUGUAAAUAUUUGCUUUAAUGAUGUGAACGGAUACACUUAAAUGAACUCGCACUCACACUCACACUCACGCGCUCACGUACACAGAAACACGCGACUAAUUGUUAAUUAAUGGAUUAUUUAAUGAUGCAUAAAAUAUUGGAUAAAAUAUGAAUGUUUCAUUUGCAUUUAGCUACGACCCAAGCGAAUAUCAACUUAAUGUUUAAGUAAUUUAAAAAAUGUAAAUCGUUGAAACGAUACAAGUAUAAAAACAAAACAAAACAGAAAUGAAAUGCCAAUGCCAAGACAAAA